CGGGUGAACGACGCUGGAGCAAUACAUCCAUGCGCUGGAGACUCCGCCGUGAGUCAUCUAGCCUUUAUAUAUGUCUAUGGGUAUGGCUGCAGACCCGGAGGCAGCAGAUCUGAGCAGCAGAUCUGAACCGCAGUUCUAGACGUCACAGAGCCCCCUACUGGAUUACUUUAUAACUGCAACUAAAUCAACAGUUCAGAUUGAGACUUCUCGUUUUUUUCCGGCAGCGUGCUCUUUUCUCCUUUUCUCAAGAUGGAUGACGACCGGAGUGUACACAUAACAAUCCAGAAAGGAAGGGCCUUGCCCCAACUUCACAGAUGCACAUCAUGCUGCAAUAACUACCACUGUCCAUUCUGCAGCCCUCCAGUUUACUACCCCUCCCCGUUGAACAAAUGUCAGAUACACAUGGAUCUUCAUUUUAACAGAGCUGUUAGCCAUGAAGAAUACACCAUUCACAGAUGUGGACUGGGAUGUCGGCCGCAGCUGCAUUAUCACUGUCCAUACUGCAGUUCAACAAUAAUACGGAAAGACGAUUUUAUUAAACAUAUACAUUGGUGCAAGAAGAAACCAGGUUCCAACCCUACAGUCCCACCAACCACCACCACCACCUCCCUGGCACCAACCACCACCACCACCCCCCAGGCACCAACCACCACCACCCCCCUGGCACCAACCACCACCACCCCCCAGGCACCAACCACCACCGCCCCACAUGAUUUCCAGCAGCAGUUGGAAGACGGGGCCUCUAAUAUAGCAGCCAACAAAAGCAACGACAUCUGUAAAUGGACUAAUCCACUGCAGUCAGGAAGAAACAGCCCGAAAAAAGAAUUAUCUGUCAAUGAAUCGGGAAAUCACACCGAUGACAAACUUUUUAGUUGCUUCUUUUGUGAGAAAAAAUUUGUAACGGGGGGACUACUGACUUUACACACGUCUGUGCAUACUGGAGAAAAGCUGCUCAGCUGCAUCAUUUGUAAGAGAACGUUCGGUUUGGAGUCGGAGCUCCGGAGUCAUCUGUGUGCUGUUGAGACUUCUCAGGAUCAUCAAAGCCAAGCUGACGAUCAGACCAGUAAACAGGUUAACUGUUCUCAGUGCAGCGAAGCAUUUUCUAGCUGUGAAGAUUUAAAUGUUCACCUCAGGUGUCACACAAGGGGAGACACAUUCAGGUGUUCAGUUUGUAGCGCAUGUUGUUCUGACCGAGACUCUUUAAUUCAGCACAUGAGGAUCCACACAAGACAAACACAGUUUACCUGUUCAGUUUGUGGUAAAGACUUUGCCUGGAGGAGACAUCUGACAAAACAUAUGGAAGUGCAUAAGAAAAAGAAAAAAGUAUUCAGGUGUAGAAUUUGUGCUGCUGAAUUUUAUACGUAUUAUCUGUUGUCUAAACACAAGCCCAUUCAUCAGUCGUCAGAGUUUUCUCACAGCCAGGAGAAUGGACAGAUGGAAACGGCAGCUGAUGGAGAGGACUGUUCAGGACCCGAAUCGCUCAAAUCAAACCCAGAUACGGGUUUAAAGGCAGAGACCGAUGUGGAGACUGUACCUUUUAAAACUGAAGAGCAGGACUUUUGGGAAGAAACCAAAGAGCCUCAGUCUGAUUUUACCUCUGUUGGAAAGUAUGAAAUGUUUGAGAGUGAAACGAAGUCAAACAUACAACAGUUGACAGACGGAGAGGGUCCGAGUCAUACAGAGCUACAGAAGGAGGUGAAGCAGGAGGACCCGGAGCCUCCACACAUUAAAGAGGAACCUGAAGAAAAUGAGAUCACCGAAUUCUCAGUUAUUUCUUUCACUGUGAAGACUGAAGAUGAAGAAGAGAAGCCUCAGCCCUCUGAGCUUCACAGUCAGACUGAAGAGAACAGAAAUUGCGUUGAAGAACCAGACCCAGAUAAGAAUGGCACGACUUCAGAUUCCUCUUCCUCUGACCCUGACACGGACGACAGCGACUGUUGGAAACAGAAAAGGAAACCACAGUCAGGUUCCCACUCUGAAAGCGAUUCUGGCAGAAACCCGUUUAGCUGUUCUGAUAACAGGCCAUCAGAGUCUCUGCAUCCUGAGAGUGAUGACAGUGUUGAUAGCGACUUUUGGAAAGAUGACAGAAAACCACAAACAAGUUUAAACUCAUUGAAACAGGAGGUUUCAGAAGUUGGAGUGAAAUAUGUAACUGACUUGAAGCCAUAUAGCUGUAUUCAGUGCAGUAAAGCAUUUCGGUACAGCUCUUAUUUGAAGAUUCACAUGAAACAGCAUACAGAAAAGUAUUUUUGUUCUGUAUGUGGUCAUAAAUCUACUUCCAGUUCAAAUCUCAAGGUUCACAUGAGAACUCACACAGGAGAGAAACCUUUCAGUUGCCAAAUUUGUGAUAAAAAGUAUACUAAUAAGGCAAGCCUGCAGUCUCACAUGACUCUCCACACUGCAGAACGGAAGUACAGUUGUGAUGUGUGCAAGAAGAGCUUUGCUUGGUACACAGAGCUUAAAUACCACAAGUGUGUUGGCGAGUCCUCGCAUGAACAAAUGUACGAAGAAAACACUGGCAUAAAUCUGAAACGCCACACGUCAUACAGCUGAAAUGGUUAAUAUUCAUAGAUUGGUUGGAUGAGUUGUUUCAUUUGUUGAUGGUAUUUUCCCUAAAUGCUGGAAGUGGUCAUUUAUUCUUCUUAAUGUUAGAUCUGUGCAUUUGAAAUAGAAAGUUGCCCCAUAUUAACCUGCUGUGGCUCAAGAUGCAGAGAAGGGUUGUUGUUAUCGCGUCCACUGCUUAAAAAUGAAUAAUGAAAAUUUUAACAAAAAAAACCUCCAACCUACAGGGGGUUGCAAAAGUAUUCACCCCCGUUGGCUUUUUAUCUAUUUUGUUACAUUUCAACCUGUAGUUGAAAUAUUUUUUGAAUCUGAAUUGUAUGUGAUGGAUCUGCAAAAAAUAGUCCACUUACCUUAUUUUUCAUGAGAUCUUCAUUGAAUGCUUUAGCAGAUUGGGUUAAAUUUUUCCCAUUAAAUUAUCUUUGCUUGUAUUCAAAUUUUUGAGAUGUAUUUUCUCAUAUCGGUCUACUCUGUUUUCAUUUAAACAGUUGUUUCAGUCACUUUAUGUUGGAUAAUAUGAAAAACUGUUGCACAGAAGCACACUUAAGCAGAUUUAUGUUUACUGAAAACCUCAGAGAAAUGCUUCUUUCUAUUACCGGCCAUUUCUGUGGCCUAGUUUUUUUUCCUCAUCCAAUGGCUUUUAUACUUCAAGCUCUUUGGAUGUAUGUCUUUAUUAAAUGUGCAUUAUAAAUAAAUCUAUAAAAUAAUGUCAAUGUCUUUCGGUGUAAACAUGCUUACCGUAUUUGUCUUUUAUAAUCAUCAGGUCAAAGCAUUUUUUUAUUACUUUGAAAAACAAUUUGCAGAAUGCAGAAUUUAUAAAUCAUCCCACCACUCAUUACCUGAAACUGUAGAAACAUAUUCAAGUGAAAUGUGUUAUGUUGCAUCGAGAAUUUGAAUCCAAAACCUCUGAAAUCAUUACAGUAUUUUUUGUAAAUAUUUAUUCAGCUGUCUAUCCAACAAUAUUACGAU